AUGAUGAACAACCAUUUUCACUUGCAAGCACAUGAACAACACAACAACAACAAUAUGCCACAAAAUGUGGCGCCACAAUUUGCAGCUGGCACACCAACAACAUAUAGUUAUUUAACGCCAGCAGCAGCGGCAUCAGCAAAUCCACAACAACAGUGGUUAACCUAUCAAAUACUGCCGCCUGUAACUGGAAAUACUGUCGGGGGAUUGCCGUCGGUGUGUGGUGGCCCAAAGCGUUAUUAUGCAGCCAACACAACAGCAGCAGCAGCAACAACAGCACCAGCGACAGCAGCAACACAUCAUCCCAGCAGCAUACAAAUCACCAACAACUAUACACAGCAACAGCAACAACAAACAGCUAGUGCAUUUAAGGCGAAUAAUAUAAAUAAUAUAAGGAUUAUAAGCACAGCGCCAAAUGUUUAUAGUUUAAAUAAAACAACUGAGCAAUUAAGUCAGUUGUAUGCCGCACCAACAUCCACAACAACAACAACAGCGGCUGCAGCUGCCACAGCAACUGCUGAAUUAUAUGCACCCGUUGGCGCAUAUUUUGCAGCAGCAAAUUUACAAUCGAAAUUGCAGCCACCGCCAUUGGUGCCCGUGAGUAAUAACAGCCACAGCAACAACAACAGCAAUAGUGUCGCUAACAACGCUGCCUCCACUGUGGUAUUGGAUCGCAUUAAUAUCUGCAUUAAUAAUCAUUAUGCGGAACCCAAUCUCUGCCAGCCAUCGCCCAUAAUACCCGCUAUACAGCAUAAAGCAUUGUUGCCCCUCAUUGACAGCAGCACCGCCGACAGCAGCAGCUGUAGCAGCAGCAGCAACAGUUCCAAUUCUAUUUCCAUUUCGAAUGGACGCAGCAGCAGCUCAUCUACUGCUGUUGUUGCUGCGCCCGCCACUGUCAUUGUUAUUGAUGAGCCGGACUCGACAACAACAACACCACAGACGCCGCCAACAACGCCGGAAACAUUGAGCUCACCUCUAAAGUCACCGCAGAGCAGCGUAAAUUGUGUGACAUUGAAGCAGAGCUUCACCAGCGUCACACAAAGCAUUGCAGAAGUAGCUGCAACAGUUGCAGUCACAGCAGCACCACCAACACCGCCAACCCCACCCACACCACCACCACCACCGCCAGCAGCUGUUAGAAGUCCUACACCUGUUUCUACUCCCCUUAGCUAUGCUUUACAAGAAGAUGUAUUUAUUAAAUGCAAUGAUGGACGCUUCUAUUUGGGCACAAUAAUCGCACACUCGCAGGAGCAGUAUCUGGUGCGUUUUGAUGACAAAUCGGAGCAGUGGUGCGAACCAGAGGAACUACAAAAAUGGGGCAAUGAACCAAACACAGCAGCUGUCAAUUUAAAUGCACCCAUGUGCGUUGCCUGUAAACGCACCCAGCACGAUAUUGUUGAGAUUUGUGAACGUUGCGGGCGUGGCUAUCAUCGUGGUUGCACCACUGAAAUUGCCACUGGCAUCUGGUGUUGCAAGCGCUGUGCAAAACCCAUGAAAAAGCAAACGGCAAUUGCCACAAACGAGGCCAAUAAACCGAGAGGCAUUUGUCGUCAGUUGCCCUAUCAUGUGGACAAACUUAGCUGGGAUGAAAAGCAUCGCGUGAAUGAAGAGCAAAUUUAUUGUUAUUGUGGCAAACCUGGCAAAUUUGAUCACAACAUGUUGCAAUGUUGCAAGUGUAGAAACUGGUUUCACACUCAAUGCAUGCAAAACUUUAAGGGCAAACUAUUACGUGGCGAUAUUUUCUUUGUAUUCUGUUGCACUGUGUGCAACAAUGGCGUUGAGUUUGUGCGUCGUCUACAGAUUGAUUGGGUGGAUAUGUUACACAUAACGUUGUACAAUCUGCGCAAGCAUCAGCAUCAAAAGUAUCAUCAUCUGCUGAAGGACAUUUGGCCGUUUAUUUUGGAGCAGCGACAUCAUCUGCCCAUCUGCGAGGAGUGGCGUCAACUGCCGGAGACGACGCUGAUGGAACGCAUUAAGCACACAUUAAAGGAAUAUUCCGAUCGUUUUGUUUGUGGUCGGGAGUUUAAACGUGCCCCUGCUUAUUACGCUCUAAGGCACAGUGGUCCACCUUUAACCCCACGCGUAUUCCUGCAAUCGGAUGAGGUGCUCAAUGACGAGCUGCUUGUGGAAAAGUUUCGAUUGCUCCUAAUGCCAGAGGAGCAAGUGGCCAAAGUGCCAGAGAUUGCGUCCAAAAAUGUAGCUGCCAAGGAUGUUUACGAGUUUCACACGGAUGAGGAUGAGGAGGCGGUUGAAGCAGAGGCAGACACCAGCGAGGAUGAGAUACCCAUCAAACAGAUCAUGGAUAUGGCCAAAAAACAAAUCAAUCCAACGUCAACGCUGGCAAAUGAAGAAGAACAGGUGAGCAGCGCCCAGGAGCGUACACCCGAUCUAGCCGAUGAUAAUGCCAACGAUGGUGAACCUGGCAAACUGUUGGCGCCAGCACCACCCCAACUGGAUGUAGUAAUGAAUGGCAAUGGGAUUGGCAUUGGCAGUGGCAACGGCAAUAGCCGUAAACGCAAAGCAUUCCGUUUGUCGAAACGUUACGACAACAGCAGCCGCAAUUGUGAUCUCUCCUCCGAUGAGAAUUCGAGCAGCAGCCGUGGCACCAGCUCGCUGGAUCUCAUCAUACCACCGCCAGCCAAUUUCCUGGGUCGUAAUAAUCCCUUUCUAAUGGCCACGCCCAAGAAAUCAACACAACAACGCCAUGGAGGAGCUGGUGUUGGUGUUGCUGGCAUUAUUAACAGCAUUUUUAAGCUAAAAAACGUCAAGCAGCUGAGCAACACGGAGCUGGCCAAGGCAGCUGCUGGAGCGCAACAGCCGCGCAUGGUGCGCACCAUUAAGCGAAGACUGAGUGCCAAAGAUAUUACCAUUGGACCCAAUCAGGAGGUGCGAAGACGUCGCACCAGACGCCUGACUACGGCCAUCGAGGUGAUCAAUACCACAACAAUAAAUCCCAUACCCAGCCACUACUUUCCCUUGUAUGCCAAAGAUUUGCAGCCGCCGCCGCCGGUGGCGUUGCUGCCACCUGAGAAGCCAACGCAUGGACGUUUGCUGCGCCAGCGACCGCAGAAAUCACGCGGAGGUUCACCGGGGAAUAGUCGACGCAAUUCCACAAGUUCCACGGCGACAAAUGUCAGCAGCGGAAGCGGAAGUACGCCCGCUAAUGGACACUCGAUGUUGGAUUUGAAGCAAUCGGUGAACAAAUACUUUGGCGGCGCCAUGAAUCGCAUCGAUGCUGGUGAGUCCUUUGCCAUUCGUGCCAAGCGGCGCAUGGGCAACGGACAUGUUCAGUAUCUGGUGGAAUGGGGUGGUGACUCGGCUGCCACAUCUACGACAAACUGAAGCGGAAAUGGAAACGGAAACUGAACAUACAAAUUCAUGUGUUUUUAACUUGAUUAAUUAUCUUAUUAUUUUCUUUACAUUUUUUUAUUCAUUUAUUAUUGUUUAAGCCGAAACUUUGCUGCCAGUUUGUUGGGCCAAAUUAUUGUUUUGUUAAUCGUUUGAGGGAAAAAACAAAAAUGUCACUGCCAAAAUAGCAAAAUGUUCAUCAAAUUAAAAAAAUAAUUAUGCAACUGAAUACAGGUUUUAAUUGUGCAAUGGCAGUUAAUUGUUAAAUUAAGUAAAAAUUACAAAAAAAAAA